UUAGGGUAAUUCCGGGGUAGAUGGCCAUAAGGGCGAGAUGGCCAAUCGAAAUAUUUCAUGGUUCUACGGCUAGAUGUCGCUAGUUUUUGUUUUAGUUCGUCGCGCGUCGUGAGUGGGAGCAAGGGUACGGCAAAUAUUUUGGCAAAAAAAAAGAAGAAGUAAGUAAAAUCUGUGUUAAUUGUUUUGACAAGUGAAAAUAUUUCAAAGGAGGUUCAUGUUUUAACUUGUGGUGAUGUUAGUUUCUCAUAAUAUUGGUGUUUUUUGUUUUUAUUGCAAAGUAUACGGAUGUCGUUAUGUUCUAACCUCAAAAUUAUGCAGAUCGAGUUUUGACUUGUUUUCUUUUUAGGUGUGGUCAUCUCUCCCGGAAGAAAAGGAGAGAUGGCCAGAUUAAGUCGGUAUGUCAUGGCCAUAUGGCCAUCAUACACUGAUGGUGCAAUAAUGAUGCCUUAUUCAAAUAAUUCAUUUUUUUUUAGAUGCCAAACAAGUACAAGAGAAAAGCAGUAGCUGUCAGAGGUAAUUGGUCAGAACUUUCACUUAAGGCUGCUAUUAGUGCUGUGAAAAAUGAUGGAUUAUCCGUGCGAGCGGCGGCUAUCCAGAACCAAAUACCACGAAAAACGUUAGAAAGAAGAUUGAAGAAGAAUAAUGAUAAAAAGGGGCCUAUGGGACCAUCUUCUUUGUUUGGAAAAGAAAAUGAGGAUAAACUGGUAGCUCACAUCAAAGCAUUGCAAGCUAAAGGUUUUCCAUUGACAAUGACGGAUGUUAGAAGAAUAGCUUACGAUUUUGCAGAGCAAUUACAAUUACAGCACAGAUUUAAUACAGAAACCCAGAAAGCAGGAUAUGACUGGUUGCAAAUGUUCCUAAGUAGACACAUAGAUAUUACACUUAGAAAAUCAGAAGGUGUAUCAUUGUCCAGGGCCAAUGCCAUGAAUAGAACAGAAGUAAAUGCUUAUUUUCAACUUCUAGAAAGCGUUUUAAUACAGGAUAAUGAGAUGUUAGCACCAAAUUGUGUAUUUAACAUGGAUGAGUCAGGCUUGCAGUUAACUCAGGUAAACAAAACAAAGGCUAUCCGAAGGCUGUCGGAUAGCAGUGGCGAUGUCCCCCUUGCCAUAAUAUCGAAAAACAAGAAGAAAAAGAACUUGAAAGGGGAGGAUAACUAUCGUGGAUGCGGAGAAAAUUAUUACGAAACUCUUCUUGUUGAAGAUUGGCUCCAGUGCACGAUUUGUAUGUUUUGGGUUCAUGAAAAUUGCACCGAAUUCGACGAUGCAUACUCCAAAUGUGGCCAGGAAAAGAAGAAGCGUCUCAGGACCAAAAAAUAAAGACUGAAGACAUACAAUAAUUUAGAGUUAGUUUAUGGCCAUCUUUCCCAUAAUGGUAUGGUCAUCAUACCCAGAUACCCCGGGAGAGAUGGCCAAAUGUGUUUUUUUUUUUAAACGAUUUUUCAAUAUGAUCUCAAGAGAAAAUAUUUGUGUUUGUUUAAUUAUCUAACGUUGAUUGUUCAAAGUUUAUAAAUAAAUAAAGAUUUCUUUGAUUACUCAUAUACUUUUUUUUUUAUUACGUUCUAAAAAAACUAUGGCCAACUACCCCGGAAUUACC